UCGAUGCUUCCUGAGGAUUGAGACGAUGAAGAACAAUCAUGAAGACAAUAUUGAGGGAUCUACAUAUUCCUAAAAUUCCUCGGUUAAACAGAUGUUGAGAGACAAUCUUUGCUCAUUGGGAACCACAGCUGCUCAUACAAGGGUCCUUUGCCCUCGGUUGGACUUGGAUCGUCUCGUUAAUGUUUUUUUAUUGAUAUACAAUGCCGGUUUCUAUCAUGGCAUCCAGUGCCAUCACAUCCCUCUACUGGGAGGUCUUCCCUCCCAUGCCCACCUGCCGUGUUUAUUGCACGCCAGCCUACCAGGACGGGCGCUUGUAUGUUAUUGGAGGGUGUAGCAAGGUAGGCCUACCCUUGGACACCGUGGAAGUGCUGGAUGUGGUGUCACAGAUGUGGACAGUUUUACCCCCUCUGCCUACAGCUCGCGCAGGGGCUGCUGCGGUCGCUGUAGGUAAGCAGGUCUUCGUAAUUGGCGGCAUGAAUUCCGAACAAUGCCCGUUGCCUUCUGUGGAGAUAUACAACACGGAUGAGGGAAAAUGGGAGAAGAAAGCCCCCCUGUGUCAACCGUCCAUGGGCAUCAGUGCCAUCGAUAAAGAAGGGAAGAUUUAUGCUCUCGGAGGGAUGGGUGCGGAUACCUCGCCUCAAGCUUUGGUGAGAGUCUACGAACCAGCAAAAGAUACUUGGCAGCAGUUACCGUCCAUGCCCACCCCGCGGUAUGGGGCAUCCACCUUUCUACGCGGAAACAAAAUAUACGUCUUAGGAGGACGGCAGGGUAAACUUCCAGUAACAGCCUUUGAAGCCUUGGACCUUGAGGUAAAUAGCUGGACUAGAUACCCCAGCAUCCCAAGCCGGCGUGCCUUUGCAAGCUGCACCAUGACUGAGAAUUUGUUCUUCAGCCUUGGUGGUCUACAGCAGCCAGGACCCCACAAUUUCUACUCCCGGCCGCACUUUGUGAAUACGGUGGAAAUAUUCGACACGGAGCAGGGUAUAUGGAAUAAACCGGGGCGUUCCACGCGGAUGAAGGAGAAGAGAGCUGACUUUGUGACUGGCUACCUGGGUGGAAAAGUGGUGGCAGUAGGGGGGCUAGGCAACCAGCCUUCGCCUUUGAAUUCCGUGGAAGGGUUUAACCUGGUCAAGAAGAAGUGGGAGAUCCUACCCUCCAUGCCAACAGGUCGAUGUUCCUGCUCAAGUCUUCAGACCGGCAACCUACUCUUUGUAAUUGGUGGGGUGGCACAGGGACCCAGCAGCGCGGUUGAGGCCUUAUGCGUCUUGGAAGAUGUUUGAAGGGGCAUUUCUUGUCCCCUUUUUUAUGACAAACCAUACAAGUUACGAUGUUGUGGAACAAGUGCCUGUACAUCUCCUUAAGCCGGAAACAGAAGUACUGCUGACGUUGGGAGGCUACCCAAGAGAAGACGAGUUGCUGACAUACCGGAGAUACAGAAUGUAUCGUGAUAGUUAUAUCAUGCGGAACACGAGACAUUUAUCGUCUUUGGUCUGUGGGUUAAGAUCAAUAUUAGAUGUUAGUGUUUAGAGUCCAAGAUGCGUACGAAGCACAACCAAUGUAGAAAUAUGGAUUUACAGAAGUGCAAUUUCAUCCACAAUCUUAUAUGAUACCAAUCAGGGUAACCUAAAGUUUCCUUCUUUUGAUCACCUUAAAUAAACUUGUUGUCAGGUUUAACCAGACAUUUCUAUUGAUGGGAAAUAUUAUACCAAAAGGUUUACACACUUAUUUAGUAAAAGAGCCUUUUUUUCCGAUAUAAUUUUUAUUUUACGUCAAAUAUAUGGCAUUUUUGCCCAUUUCCAAAAGCCAAAUUCCAAUAAAAUGUACAAUCUGAACCGAUAUCGCAACAAACAUAUGAUAAGUACAUAGAUCUGUACAGAUUUCAUACUGAUAUAUACUAUAUCAGCGCAUAAACGUCUCAUAAAAUAUAGAUAUUUAUAAAUAAAUGUAUAAAUAAAGGAAAAUAUAUAAUUUGCCGCACAACCUCAUGAGCGGAUCGAAUGCUGAUACGGAUGGUAAUAAUAAACGGCUCCUGGAACAGACAUAUUUAUGCUGAAACGGCAUACUGCGCGAGCAUGAAAAAUAUAUCCAACCAAGAUGAAAAGAAAAAGUGGAAUGGAAAAAUACCUCUGAAAAAUAAUUAAACUAUUCCGUCGGAGAAGCAGUUCGGCCGGCUUAACGCAGCAUUUCAAUUUUAUAUGGGUAUAUUGUCAAGAAAGAUUAUUUUGUAAAAUCCAUGAAGUUUUACUGUACCAAAAAUUGUUUUUUUUUUUCUUCUUUUUAAUACAAGAGCAGAUCGAAUCUGAUCAGCAGAGAGACGCGCUGCCCGGCACCCUCGACAUCCUUCAAUGAUGUGACGCACGCGUUGUCCCCGUCAUGUAAAUACCAACAGGCAUCUUCCAACUCCGUUCAGGGCUGAUACAUUCUUACCUAAAGAGACGGCAGAUAUUGUAAGGCUGGAUAUUAAAGUACAAAUAUUAUUGCUUUGGUA